ACCUCACCACUACGAUUGUUUGCAAAAACACUUGAUUGUGUCGUGAACGGUGGUCAUGAAGAUAAUUCGUUGGAAACAACGAGAUUGAUGUUUAAUGAUGCAAUGAAAUCUCUUUGGGAUGAUGCAGAGGAUAGCUUUAAUUGGGGGAAACCAGAAUUGUUCUUUUUCCCCAUAAUGCAAACAAACUGGUGUUAUGUGUUGUGUGUGGAUCUGAAAGGCAGAAGGUGUGACAUUCUGGACAGUUCAUCUGCGAAAGCCAAGAAUGAAGAGCGAUAUGGAGAAAUGCCAUCACUAGUGCUGAAUAUGUUGGCCGAUUUCUUGGAGCACCAUGGAUUUAGAAGCAAGGCAGCCUGUAUACGUGAACUUCAACCUAAAAGAAUUGGGCUACCUUGGAGGGAUGCAAAGCAAGUGUAUGACUACGGGGUGGCAACAAUGCGUCACAUGGAGACAUACAUGGGAGAGGGAGCGAAGGGAUGGGAUUGUGGUCUGUCAAAGCUAAAUCACAAGCCACUUUUGGUCCUACGUAUGAAGUACUGUGCAGCAAUUUUACUCCACGAGGUGAACGAGUUGAUGGAGAUGGUAGAAAACGAGUCUUUGAAAAACGAUAAGAUGCUUAAGGGGAAGAAUGUUGAGUGAAAAGCAAUUUUGAUCCUCUGACUUCGUGUUGUUGACGGGGUGUUUUUUUUGUUGUUUUGAGAACUAAGGGUUUUUGUGUUUUUUGGUUGAUUUGUUUUUUGGGGGAGGAGCCAUUCCUUCACAUGACAUGGGUAUGAUGUUUUUGGACGUAUGCAUGCGUUAGUAGUGGUAGGAUGAUCUUGUUUACGUGACAGAUGUGUUUAA